AUGGCAGACAUCAACGAUCCCGUACUCGCCAAGCCCGCUGAUUUGUGCUGCCUCAGGGGCGACUUUCACAACGGCGAGCCCACGGGAAACAUCAUUCAGAUCGAAGGCGUCGAUAGCUACGUGGCCAAGCCCGAUCCCAAGGUCGCCAAUGGAAACGUGCUUCUCUUCUUCCCCGAUGCCUUUGGGCUGCACAUCAACAGCAAGUUGAUGAUGGACGCCUACGCCGCCUGUGGAUACCUCACACUCGGCGUCGACUACUUUCUCGGAGACGCUGUGACAAAGUAUACCGUCUCGCCGUUGACUGAUCCCAACUUCGACCUGGCAGCUUGGUCCGCCAAGCACCUGGGUCCUUCAGAGGAGGUUGGGAGGGAGUGGGUAAAGAACGUCAAGGCCAAGUAUGGCGGUGAUGGUCAGGUCAAGUUUGGCUGUGUUGGCUACUGCUGGGGUGCGCGAUUUGUGUUGGAACAACUAUCUGAAGAAGGCAUCUGCGCGGCUGGAGCCAUUGCCCACCCGUCUUUCGUGAACGAGAGUCAUGUGCAGAAGUCCAAGGCACCCGUCGCUUUCUCGGUCCCGGCCACCGACAAGCUAUUCUCAAACGAAUCGCGGGCAAGGGUGGUCGAGAUCUGUACCGAAAAGCAGCAACGGUUCAACAUGCAGAUAUUCUCCCAUGUCGGCCACGGCUUCGCGUCACGAACGCGGCUUACGGACCCUUAUGAGCUCUGGGCAAAGGAACAACACUUUAAAGGAUUCAUCGAAUGGUUCGACUUCUGGCUCGCCCAGGCAUGA